AUGGCAGUGGCACAGGAGAAUGGCCAUGCUGAAGCAGUGGUCAAACCGAAUGGGCGAAAAGAGUCUGUGCAAACUCAGAGGAAAAAGAAGUUCCUAGGAUGGACCAUUAUAGGCUUGGUCGUGCGACUCGGGAUAUGGUAUGCGCUUUUGACACCCUUUCUGCGGUGCCCAUCGAACAUUUCCGACUUGAACGACACGUCUCCUCGAGUCUGCAAACCUUAUCUCAUUGCUCGAUCUCAUGUGGAACCCUACGUUACUCCCUACUAUGAUACCUAUGCUGCACCCUACGUGGACCAGGCCCGCCCCUACGUGGAUCAAGCCCGACCAUACGUAGAGAUUUUCAACAAACAAGUCUAUGUGCCGACAUCCAAGCUUGCUCACGCUGGUUAUGAAAAGUACGGCGCACCAGCAUGGGAACAGGCUCAGACAUAUGGCGCAGCUCAAUGGAAGGCUCAGGUGACGCCGCGGGUUGAGGCGGCCCAGGACAAAGUACAUCAGCUCUAUCUGGCUGAGGUAGAUCCAUACGUUCAGCAGGGCUUUAUGGUGGUUUCACCUUACUAUCAUAAGGUAAACUCCGCUGUGCUCACGGCUUAUUGGGAUCAUCUGGUUCCUUUUUACACUAGGUCCCAACCUUUUAUCGGUAAGGCCUAUGCCACUUCCCAGGAUGUUUUGGUGACACACGUUAUGCCUGGCGCACAAUACACCUGGUCUUCCGUUGUCUACUUUGCCAACAGCUCCCUGUGGCCUCAUAUUACCGGUCUCUAUUCUGAGCAGGUUGAGCCGCAAUUGGUGAAGAUCGGACAGCGUCUGGCGAGCUAUAGGGAGGGCAAGCGCCUCCGUGCGGUUGUUGAGGAAAUGGAUAGUAGCUUCUCUGAGCAGCCUAGUCCUUCGGCCACGCUUACUUCUGUGGAGUCGAUCCACACCUCGAGCAGUGUGACAGUAACUUCAACUACCGAGGUCCCAUAUGUUGCGCCUACCCUCUCGGCAGCCGAUAAGGCAAAGCAAGUUCGCGAACAGAUUGAUUCUGAUCUUCAGAGAUGGCAAGACAAGUUUGCUGCCGCAGCUGACAGUGGAAUUGAAGACCUUGAAGAGCGCAUCGAAGAGAUUGUCGGUGCCCUCGUUGCUAGCAGUGCUAAUAGCCAUGGUCUGAGCCUUUCAACGGCACUUCAAAGUGUGGCUGCGAAACAAGUUACCACCAUUAAGGACCGUAUCAAUGAUCUUGUACAAUCUCUACCUGAAGAGGAUGCACCGGAAGCUGAGGAGGAAGCCCGCGAUCGGUUGGUUGACGACAUUCGAACAUCCGCCAUCUCUGUCAGAGAUCGUGCUCAUGCCCUUCGCGAAUGGUCAUUGUCAUUCGACGAUGAACUUUUGCGUCGGGUAUCAGCAGCUGUGAACUCGACCUUAGAUGUCCUCGACGGCAUUCGUGAUCUUGGUCUCCAGGAAAUCGGCAUGCGCUGGGCAUGGAUGGAUGGUGUUACCUACAAAGACUGGGCAAGAUAUCGCGCCGUCAAGGAACAACUCCAGGACUGGCGCAAUCAGAUCUAUCACGUCGGUAUGAACCACAAAUCAGUUGCGGAAGCCAAGGCGGUGGCCGCCGAUAUCUUGGACCGUGGGAUGGAGGUUGCUCAAGAAACGGCUGUGGAGCUUGUCAGAUUGAAGGAUGUUGGCCAUUGGAAACUGGCUGCCCGAGAAGUCGGCGACAAUUUCGAGACCAGAAAUGAGCUUCCCCCUCCGAGACCGAAGCCGGAAACCGAUGCUGAGGAUUCUGAGGUAAAAGCUGAUCUUGGACACGAUGAAUCUCCUGAGGAAUUUUUGGAACCAUCAACAGCCGCUACCAUUCAUAAUGAGGGAGAGGAUUCAUCGACCGAGAAUAUUUCGGACUUCGAAGAGUCUUUCGAAAGCGCACCUGGCACUGAGAAAGAUAAUUUUAUCGAGUCAAUGUCGGCUGAUGCUGUUCAAAACGAUGAAUCAAGCCCUAUCAAGGCCGCCUGGGGGGAGUUGCAGCAGCUGAUGCCAACACAUAUCAAGCUCCUAUUCUUGAUGAUGAGGAGCAAGAUGCCCUUCAUAGCCUUGCAAGCGAGCUCCGCUUUUGCUGAUUCUACCUCAAAUGCCAAAGUUCUCUACGAGAUCGCCAAGUCGCAAGUCAUGGGUCAAAUGGCUCAGUCUAGUGAGCCUGCCCAUGCACAGGUUCUCUCUUCUAUUGAAUCUGCAUACUCUGGAGCUGUCAAUUAUGCAACCAAUGAGUUUGACGCGAAAAUUGCCGCUAUCAGGGCAACUCCUACUCCUGCCGGUCCUCUCGCCCAGAUUUCCUCAAUUGCUUCCUCUCGAUUGAGCGAGGGUCUCAGCGUCGCCUCUGAGAAAUUGGCCCACAUCCAGCCUAUUCCAUCCCAGACUAGUUCUGCGGGCCUUCAGCCUUACGUGCUUGAUGCCCAGCGUCGGUACUAUGAAGCUGUCGGUCUCGCUCAUGAUCAUUACACCGCUUUUGUUUCCACGGCUUCUCACGCUGUCUAUGGUACCCCAACUCCCACUGCAGCUCCUCUUGGCUUCCAACAGCUCAUCGAAGAAGCUGGGUCCCAAUACGAACGUGUUUCUUCGCUGGCUUCUGCCAGCCUUGCUGCAGUCGUCGCAUCUGCCAGCUCUAUGGCUUCAUCGGCGGAUGAUGGGGCAGCGCAGGGCAUCAUUGACGAUGCCUCAUCCAGGUAUCACGCUGCCAUGUCAGCGGCGUCCGCCUCCCUUUCUCUUGCGUCUGCAUCCGUCAGCUCUGCUGUCUAUGGCACUACACCAGGACCUUUGCAGUCUCUGUCCAGCCAAGCAUCCGAGAACUGGGAAGGCCUUAUCUCCAAGGCCAGCGAGCAAAUCUAUGGCACUCCCGCUCCGUAUCUUCAGCAAUUGCAUGAGAGACUGCCUCAGUUUGAGGCUGUUCAAGGAGUGGUAUCUGAGCUGAUUGUCGGCAAGGAGCCCUCCUUUACUGAGAGUGUCAUGAGCAAGCUUCGUGUUGCAUACGAAACCCCUUACCCUGCGGCCGCCUUGUCUUCUGCUUCUAGCUACGUCAGUGAAACUUACGAAUCAGCGUCCUCGGUUGCAGAUGCUUACGUUUCAAGCGUUCCAAGCGUGGAGGAUGUCUUGCACAAUGUGAACGAGCAGCUCAAUGCUGCUGUAGAAGCUGCGAGUAUUGGAGUCUAUGGCACUCCUAAGGGCCCUUAUGAACAGGCUACAGAGGUUGUGGCUGACGCCUACAAUACCGCGUCAGCACAGAUCAGCAGUGCUGUUUAUGGAAAGGAGCCCGGGUACAUUGAUGUUGCCAGGGAGCACAUUGAGGAAAUCCAGUCAAAGGCCAGUGCUGCCAUCUACGGGGAGGAGCCCGGUGCGGUGGAAAGCGCGACCAGCCGCCUUGCUGCCGCUGUUGAGGGUGCUCAGUCCCAGUUAGCCGAACUGGCCUCAAAGGCCAGCAGUGUCGCGUCUGAGGCUGCUGAGACUGCUAGCUCUCAUGUGGAGGAUGCCACCGGCAACAUCAAGUCUGCCAUGUCGUCUGCCAAGGACGAGCUGUAA